CAAAUGCCUCCAGUAGGUCAGCAGCAAGAUUAUGCAUCUGAAGCAAAGCCAGCUGCUGCAGUGGAAAGGCACCAAUUUGACAGAGCAAAUUCCAACCCCAGCAUUGCCAGGUUCCAGUCUGUGUCCCCUCCUUGUCAGAAUACUACCUUGGUUAUUCUGAAGUAGCCAUAUGCUUCCACAGACAUUACAGAAAAACAGAGUGGGUGGAAAACGGUUUUCCAAUACACAAGAAUACUUGCAUGUAUAGAUACAUAUAACUCUUCUGCUUUUCAUUAGAGGAAACCAGAAAAGUUUUUAUUAGCCUGACUAUCAUGGGAUCUCCCCCUUCCCUCUUCUAGAAAUGCCACCCAGAGCCAAGAAGCUAUCAGAGCCCAAAAAUAUGUCGUAGCUGAUGGAUUUCCAUGAAAAGUUUUGAUCAUUAGAAAAAGAAAACUGAAAAUAUGCCUGGGCAGUCCAAAAUGGAAGAUCCUGCUAGGUCAUCUCACUUCUCACUCCAGAGCAUGAGGGUUCCCUCCAGGUCACCAUGUAGGGCUUCGCUUAGUAAAUUGAUUGGUUUAGCUAAGUCUAAUACAGUGACGACCUCACCAGUACGCACUCUGCUCCAGUAUUAUUCCGAAGGCAAGAGAUCAGAAGACACAGAAAUCAGCUUGGAAUAUGAACUAAAAGAUUAUGUGGAGAUGCCUGGGCAAAGAUCUCUCCAGUGAAAGGCUUCAGUUCUGCAAGGAGAGAAAGCGAGGGCAUCUGAAACUUAACCUGUUCAUCCUCAGUCCCUCGAGAACCAUAAAAACAGAGCUUCCCUUUAAGGAAGCAAAGUUUCCGUUUGAGAAAUACGUGUUCACUCAGCAAACCAAAAACAACUUUUAAAGGUUGUUCUCGGUGGAAAUCACUCUAUGCCCCAUUACCUGCUUGAGUGAAACCAGACUAAGAACUUCUGUCAUGGCAGCUUUUCUGCUGGGAGCUGUGUUGCUUAUUGUUCAACCUCAGAUAGUGCCUUCCAGACCGGCUAUAAAUUCGAAGGCUGAGACUUCUUCUCAGUCUGUUCAGAGAGAGCUUUUAAAGAAGACGUCUCAAAAAAAUGACUUCAAGGAAAACAUUCAUUCUAAUGGAUCAUGCCGGCAGCUGCCACAGACUAUCAUUAUUGGAGUGAGAAAAGGUGGAACAAGAGCUUUGUUAGAGAUGUUGAGUCUCCAUCCAGAUAUUGCGGCAGCAGAAAGUGAAGUUCACUUCUUUGACUGGGAAGAUCAUUACAAAAAUGGAUUGCAGUGGUAUAUUAAUCAAAUGCCAUUCUCUUAUCCCCAUCAGAUCACCGUGGAAAAAACUCCAGCAUAUUUCACGUCACCUAAAGUGCCUGAAAGAGUUUAUAACAUGAACCAAUCAAUGAGACUACUCCUCAUUUUAAGAGACCCAAGUGAGAGAGUACUAUCAGAUUACACCCAAGUGUUCUAUAAUCACAUGCAGAAGCACAAGCCGUAUCCAUCCAUUGAACAAUUCCUGAUUAAAGAUGGUGAACUCAAUGUGGACUACAAGGCAAUAAACAGAAGCUUAUACUACAUUCACAUGCAAAACUGGCUGAAGUAUUUUCCUCUUGAUCGUAUCCACAUUGUAGAUGGGGAUAAACUAAUCAAAGAUCCCUUCCCAGAAAUAGAGAAGGUAGAGAGAUUUUUGAAGUUAUCGCCACAGAUAAACGCUUCAAACUUUUAUUUCAAUAAAACUAAAGGCUUCUACUGCCUAAGGGACAGUGGUAGAGAGCGUUGUUUACAUGAGUCAAAAGGACGAGCACACCCACAAGUAGAUACCCGGUUACUCGAGAAACUGCAUGAAUAUUUCCAUGAACCCAACAAGAAAUUUUUUGAGCUUGUGGGCAGAACAUUUGACUGGCACUCAUUUGUGGCAAGUUAGUGGUAAACUUCAGAACCUAUGUUCCAGUGUACAUUCAGAAAUUUUAAAAAGGGCAUUUAAGCUAUAAUUUAUUUGUAAAAUCCAUAAAUACUUCUGUACAGUAUUAGAUUCACAAUUGCCAUAUAUACUAGUUAUAUUUUUCUACUUGUUAAAUUUGAAAGCAUUUUGUAUUGUUUUUCAUGGUUGUUAACAUUGUGUAUGAUGUGUCUAUAUGAAGAAACUAAAUUAUUUCACUGCAGAAGAUGUUCUCUUGAGAAUGCGUUGUCUUUUUAAUAAAUAAGAAAUUCAUUUCAGCAGAACCUUUCAGAAUUAUUUGAAUACUUUGGCCUUUCUGGACUAUUCUGGACUUUCUCCUCUAAUUGCUAAUGAAUAUGCUAAACUUUACAUUUCCAUUUUUCUUGCUUUAAAAUGUGGUUUAAUAAUUUCUUUUUCAUUUGAAAAUAUUGUUGUAGUUAGCAAAUUGUUCCAUCCUGCUUUAUAAAAUUAUUCCCAAUAAAGUGGUGGUACUUAUACAUGUUGGCCAUGCACACCCAAAGGACAAUGGAAGUCUCUGUGUAGUAUGACGUAUUAACUGCUGUACUUACCUUUGUAUUUACUGUUAUAACAAGUGCUACUCAAAUUCUUUGGCAGUACAGUGCAGGUUUCAUGGCAGAUUUUUAAAGAUUCUGUGGGGACCUGCUCAUAAAAUCCAGAGUUAGCUGCAGAAAUACGGUCAACCUGAAAGCUUCCUACAGUCUCUGAAUGUAUAUAUGCUUCAUAAAGAAGGAGAGUUGAGAGAAGAAUUUAAGCAAUAUAGGGACAUUUUCAAGGUUACUUAUGACUGUUCCUACAUUUUAUAGCACAUUUAUGCUUUGCCAUCACUGAAAACGAACACUUACACCAGAAGAAUUAGUCGGUCUACAUUCCAAUAAGCGGCAACUUCAUUCAUAUAAAUAUUACCACACUUGUACCCCAUUUAAGGCUGUUUUCUAUGAGUUGAACAGGUGCUUCGUGCAACUGAAAAUUGCCCAUGGACUGCUGUUCAUUUAAUCUCUUUCCAAGAACCAUGAUGCCAAGUCUUGAUUAGACUUGCGUGCUGUGGGAUUAACUCAAAUUCCAGGAACUUUUAUGGUCUUCCAUCUGCUAAAAAUGGAAGUUAGAUGUUAGUACGUUGGGUAAAAAUUACAGCUCUCCUUGUCUACAGUAGUUAUGUCUUGUCAGCCAUCAAUUUCUGGAGUUAGAGUUAAUCCUGUUUCCACACAAGGCUUGCUACGGUACUUUCAUUCUGAGCUCCUAAUUUUCAUUUUAUGAUCUUGAGUUUAGCCAUUGAAUGUGCAGUGGCAACACCCUGUAAAUUUGAACUUGUAACCAAUUGUUACAAUCCUUUAUAAAAUUCAAAUGUAGUUGCAUUAAUUUUUUUCUGGUGAGAUGGUGCAAACUUGGGCACUAUGACAAGGUACUGUCUGGAUGCAAAUAUCCCAUAUUAUGCUGUUUGCAUGAAAAUUUGCAGAUGCUGCCCCUCUCUCUCCUGCUCCUUGUGCACCUGCCCAAGCUGUAUUCAACCUCAGAGAGGUUGGUGGUGUUUUAUAAAGUAGACCUUUGACGAAAGCCUACAAUGAAAUGGUAUUGUACUCAAUAAAAUAUUUUCUGAAUUGCA